AUAGUUAACCAAAUAGUUUGUAUAAUAACUGAUAACUGUUUUAUUUUCUCAAUUAUCAUUUGAAUCCUAUUUGACUAUUAAAAAAAAUAAUAGCUGACAGACAACCUAACAAUAAUAACAACAACAAAAAGACAAUUAGUUUAGUGACCAAUAGGUUUUUUAUUUAAAGUAAUGGGAAAUUGUUGCGGCGGUAAUGGUUCGGACGGUAAUACCGGCGGCAGUGUUGCGGCCGAUCAUAAAAAACAUGAAAAGAAGGACAGAAUACCGGCGUCGGAAUCAUCGGCGACGACGCCUAAAAAACCGAUGCCGUAUAAUGCGCGGCCGUUGUCGCCGCCGCCGGCCGGACAGCGGGAACUACUGUUCAAGGCCAAUGAUAACGACACGGACGACGACCAGACCAAAGAGGACGCCAAAGCUCGAGCCCUGGCUGAGGAACAGAUCAAGAAAUCAAUGAAAACCGGUGGCGUCAGAGGCGAUAACAGUGCCUAUUCGGUGAUGAGAAAACAUACACAAACAGGACAACCGGCGGCUGCGGCGGUCAAUACGGGAAAACAGUCGGCGUAUAAUGAACUCAACAGAUAUAUGUCGCUUAAAGGAUACGAAAUGAUUGCACGGAUCGGUGCCGGCAACUAUGCCGAAGUAUACAAAGCCGUUACCGUAAAUGAACGAAAACCGGUGGCCGUAAAAGUGAUUGAUUUGCGUAAAACCGAACGAAAUUAUCGGCAAAAUUUUUUGCCCAACGAAGUCGAUGUACUCAAGAUAUGCCGACACAAAAACAUUGUAAAGAUCUACGAAAUGGCACAGACAGGCAAUCGGGUGUUUAUGGUCAUGGAGUUUGCGCCGUUCGGUACGCUGGCCGAGUGGCUCAAAGAUAACGGUGCAUUGAACGAGCCUAUAGCUCAUGUGUGGUACAGACAGAUAGCCAAAGCCAUUAAUCAUAUGCACGGCAAGCAUAUAGCGCACCGGGAUCUGAAACUGGAGAACAUACUGAUCUGCAAGAAUCGGGUGCCAAAGAUAUCGGACUUCAGUUACGCUGUCAUCCAUAAACCGGGUUCACCGCCGAGCACUACCUACUGUGGAUCGUUGCCCUACUUUGCGCCGGAAAUACUUCAACGCCAACCACACGAUCCCAUAAUGUCCGACAUCUGGAGUCUGGGCGUCUGUUUUUUCAUUGCGCUCAACGAUGGACUGCCAUUCAAGACACUGGACGACCACUCAAUGAUAUUACAGAAACAGUUGAAUAAGGACUGGCAUUUCAGAGCUAAAGUCGACCAAAAACUAUCAAAAGAUUGUAAAGAUUUGAUCGGCCGUAUGCUUGAGCCAGACAUCCCCACUCGGAUCACAUCCCAACUGAUUUUGGCCCACCAAUGGAUGCGACAAUAAUAGUGACAACAACUAAUAGUGAACCACCGUUUAAAUGAUACUUAUUUUUAAUGAUCAUAUC